AUGGCGCGUUCUCUGUGCCGCGUGUGCCUGAGUUGGGGUGGGGCGUGGUUGGAAGGAGGGCAGGCUUCAAAUUGGUGUCGAGCACAACAUGUCGACCUCGAAGAAGAGCUUGAACAACCUGCCCCCACCCCUCCUGUGAAAGCAAGCUUGAAGGUGCCAGGUGGUCGAUUGUGGAACAGAAGGCGUGGCGGUAGGGCAGAGGGGUGGACGCUACAAGUGGUUGGGAUCACGAAGAAGAGGCAGGCUGCAGCUCGCCAGCACCUUUACAACUGGGAUGGUUACAAAGACUUGGAGUUCGGUGGUUCGGAGGAGUUGUACAGCAACCUGAUCAUGCUCUCAGAAUUCUAG